AUGUCUUCGACUCCAGAAGAUUACUCUUGUGGCGGCUUGCUUUCUUCUCCAUCUGGGACAUUACAGAGUCCAUUUUACCCCAGAAAUUAUCCAAACAAUGCCAACUGUGUUUGGGAAAUAGAAGUAAAGAACAACUUUUACGUCACACUCACAUUUAGAGAUGUUCAGAUGGAAGGCGGCAGAUGUCUGUCUGAUUAUGUGGAAGUCUAUGAUGGGCCACUCUAUACCUCUCCUCUCCUCGCGAAAUUUUGUUCUGGUUCUUUUCGCACAUACAAAUCUUCCUCAAACCUGCUGACUGUCCGAUUUUACAGCAACUCUCGAUAUACAUACAGAGGGUUUCAGGCUGACUAUUAUUCCAGUCCAGCAGAUCAGAGCACUACACUGUUGUGUUUGCCGGACUACAUGCGUGCAGUUGUGAGCAGAUACUACCUUCAGUCACAAGGCUACUCUCCUUGGAAACUCUUCUUGAAUGACCCCUAUUGCAAACCCAACAUCACAUCACAGUAUGUUAUAUUCGACAUACCAUACACUGGCUGUGGCACAGUGAGAGAGGGAAACAACAAUACAAUAACCUAUUCCAACCUUAUUAGAGGAUCCUCUUCUGGUACUGUAAUCACAAGAACUAAAAAUCUUCACUUGCAUAUCCACUGCAAAAUGCUCCAGAACACAUGGGCACAAAUAAUGUAUGUUGCGGAGGACAAUUAUGAGGUCAACGAAACUCAGUAUGGCAGAUAUGAUGUAAACCUUACAUUUUAUCAUUCUUCAUCGUUCUCGUGGCCAGUGUAUGAGUCACCAUACUAUGUUGAUAUCAACCAGAAUUUGUAUCUUGAAGCUUUCCUGCACAGCUCUGAUUCAAACCUGGUGUUAUUUUUGGACACGUGUGUGGCAUCUCCCACUCCGGACAAUUUUACAACAGUGACCUAUGACAUAAUCAGGAAAGGGUGUGUUCGAGAUUCCACCUAUUCUACGUAUUAUUCACCCUACGGACACAUAGUCCGGUUUAAAUUCAAUGCCUUCCAGUUUAUCCGUCACAGUCCAGUGGUAUACCUGCAGUGUGAACUAGUGGUGUGCAGGGCCUACGACUAUUCUUCCAGGUGCUACCAAGGUUGUCUUACUAGGUCCAAGAGAGAGGCAAGCGCUGGCCAAGAAAGAGUGACUGUUGUUGCUGGCCCAAUACAGCUUCGGGAAGCUGAUGUUGAGAAACAGAAAGCCAGUGAUUUUAACUAA